AUGGUUGUGUUGGCUGCGGAUGGUUGUGUUUCCUGCGGAUGGUUGUGUUGGCUGCGGAUGGUUGUGUUGGUUGCGGAUGGUUGUGUUGGUUGCGGAUGGUUGUGUUGGCUGCGGAUGGUUGUGUUGGCUGCGGAUGGUUGUGUUGGCUGCGGAUGGUUGUGUUGGCUGCGGAUGGUUGUGUUGGCUGCGGAUGAUUGUGUUGGCUGCAGAUGGUUGUGUUGGCUGCGGAUGGUUGUGUUGGUUGCGGAGGGUUGUGUUGGUUGCGGAGGGUUGUGUUGGUUGCGGAGGGUUGUGUUGGUUGCGGAGGGUUGUGUUGGUUGCGGAUGGUUGUGUUUUCUGUGGAUGGUUGUGUUUCCUGUGGAUGGUUGUGUUUGCUGCGGAUGGUUGUGUUUGCUGCGGAUGGUUGUGUUGGCUGCGGAUGGUUGUGUUGGUUGCGGAUGGUUGUGUUGGUUGCGGAGGGUUGUGUUGGUUGCGGAGGGUUGUGUUGGUUGCGGAUGGUUGUGUUUGCUGCGGAUGGUUGUGUUGGUUGCGGAUGGUUGUGUUGGCUGCGGAUGGUUGUGUUGGUUGAGGAGGGUUGUGUUGGUUGCGGAGGGUUGUGUUGGUUGCGGAGGGUUGUGUUGGUUGCGGAUGGUUGUGUUUCCUGUGGAUGGUUGUGUUUGCUGCGGAUGGUUGUGUUGGUUGCGGAUGGUUGUGUUGGUUGCGGAUGGUUGUGUUGGUUGCGGAGGGUUGUGUUGGUUGCGGAUGGUUGUGUUGGUUGCGGAGGGUUGUGUUGGUUGCGGAUGGUUGUGUUGGGAGGUUGCGGAGGGUUGUGUUGGUUGCGGAGGGUUGUGUUGGUUGCGGAGGGUGGGGGGGUUGUGUGUUGGUUGCGGAGGGUUGUGUUGGUUGCGGAUGGUUGUGUUGGCUGCGGAUGAUUGUGUUGGUUGCGGAGGGUUGUGUUGGUUGCGGAUGGUUGUGUUGGUUGCGGAGGGUUGUGUUGGCUGCAGAGGGUUGUGUUGGCUGCGGAUGGUUGUGUUGGCUGCAGAGGGUUGUGUUGGUUGCGGAGGGUUGUGUUGGCUGCAGAGGGUUGUGUUGGUUGCGGAGGGUUGUGUUGGUUGCGGAUGGUUGUGUUGGUUGCGGAGGGUUGUGUUGGUUGCGGAUGGUUGUGUUGGUUGCGGAGGGUUGUGUUGGCUGCAGAGGGUUGUGUUGGCUGCGGAUGGUUGUGUUGGUUGCGGAGGGUUUGUGUUGGUUUGCGGAUGGUUGUGUUGGUUGCGGAUGGUUGUGUUGGUUGCGGAGGGUUGUGUUGGUUGCGGAUGGUUGUGUUGGUUGCGGAGGGUUGUGUUGGCUGCAGCGGAGGGUUGUGUUGGCUGCGGAUGGUUGUGUUGGUUGCGGAGGGUUGUGUUGGUUGCGGAGGGUUGUGUUUGGUUGCGGAUGGUUGUGUUGGUUGCGGAUGGUUGUGUUGGUUGCGGAUGGUUGUGUGUUGGGAUGCGGAUGGUUGUGUUGGUUGCGGAUGGUUGUGUUGGUUGCGGAGGGUUGUGUUGGCUGCAGAGGGUUGUGUUGGUUGCGGAGGGUUGUGUUGGUUGCGGAUGGUUGUGUUGGUUGCGGAGGGUUGUGUUGGGUGCGGAUGGUUGUGUUGGUUGCGGAUGGUUGUGUUGGUUGCGGAGGGUUGUGUUGGUUGCGGAGGGUUGUGUUGGUUGCGGGAUGGUUGUGUUGGUUGCGGAGGGUUGUGUUGGUUGCGGAUGGUUGUGGUUGCGGAUGUUGUGUUGCGGAUGGUUGUGUUGGUUGCGGAGGGUUGUGUUGGCGGUUGCGGAGGGUUGUUUGGUUGCGGAGGUUGUGUUGGUUGCGGAGGGUUGUGUGUGUGUUGGUUGCGGAGGGUUGUGUUGGUUGCGGAUGGUUGUGUUGGUUGCGGAUGGUUGUGUUGGUUGCGGAUGGUUGUGUUGGUUGCGGAGGGUUGUGUUGGUUGCGGAUGGUUGUGUUGGUUGCGGAUGGUUGUGUUGGUUGCGGAUGGUUGUGUUGGUUGCGGAGGGUUGUGUUGGCUGCAGAGGGUUGUGGCGCUGUAUAUUUAGCCUCUAA